AUGAAUGUCAACGGUGGCAUGAACUCUAACCACCUCCAGAACCUCCCCCCUCCAGUGAACGACUCCAAAAUGAACGGCGACGAGAAAAGUAGCAGUGGCUCCGACGCCUUCCCUUUGUCCAACUAUCAAAAAACUGUCCAUCAGAGAUUCAUCCGACGAAAUCUAUGGUUUGCAGACGUGGAAGAGCAAGCGUUCGAGGCUCCAGAGUGUGACAAUAAAAACAAACUGCUCAAUAUCAACUUGAGGACAAUCGUGGACAGGACCCGGAGUGGUAGCUUUGCCAUUCAAGAAGGAUCCAGCACUGAAAGCCAAGGCGGGCAGAAGGACAGUGCGACGGAAAGUGCUAGUGCAGAUGAGGAUAAGGAGAAGGGUGUUGGUGGUGGUGGUGCAGAGGUGUCGACCGUGCCGUGCCAAGAUGGCGGGAAGAGCGCGGUGAAGGCGGUCAGCGAGGAUAACGAAGAGGAGGCCGAGAUGAAGGCUGUGGCCACGUCUCCAGGAGGAAGGUUUCUGAAGUUUGACAUCGAGUUGGGGAGAGGAUCCUUCAAGACCGUCUACAAGGGCUUCGACACCGAGACCUGGGUUGAGGUGGCCUGGUGUGAGCUACAGGACCGCAAGUUGUCUAAAAUGGAACGUCAGCGCUUCAAGGAGGAGGCGGAGAUGCUGAAGGGGCUGCAGCAUCCCAACAUCGUUCGCUUCUACGACUUCUGGGAGUGUCCUCUCAAAGGGAAGAAAUGCAUCGUGUUGGUGACGGAACUCAUGACGUCUGGAACGCUCAAAACGUAUCUCAAGCGUUUUAAAGUGAUGAAGCCCAAAGUUUUGCGGAGCUGGUGUCGUCAGAUUCUGAAAGGCUUGCAUUUCCUCCACACGCGGACCCCUCCCAUCAUCCACAGGGACCUGAAGUGCGACAACAUCUUCAUCACUGGCCCCACCGGCUCCGUGAAGAUCGGAGACUUGGGACUGGCUACGCUAAAAGCAGCUUCAUUUGCCAAAAGUGUCAUAGGCACUCCAGAGUUCAUGGCCCCAGAGAUGUACGAGGAGCACUAUGACGAAGCAGUGGACGUGUACGCGUUCGGGAUGUGCAUGCUGGAGAUGGCCACGUCAGAAUACCCUUAUGCAGAGUGCCAAAACGCUGCCCAGAUUUAUCGCAAAGUCACCAGCGGAGUGAAGCCAGCCAGCUACAACAAGGUCAAGGAUCCAGAAAUAAAGGAGAUUAUUGGGGAGUGCAUCUGUCAAAAGAAGGAGGAGCGGUACACAAUCAAAGAGCUUCUGAAUCACGCAUUUUUUGCCGAGGACACAGGUGUGCGAGUGGAGCUGGCAGAAGAGGAUGAUGGGAAAAAGGCAUCGAUCGCUCUGAAGCUGUGGGUCGAGGACCACAAAAAACUCAAAGGGAAAUACAAAGAAACCGGAGCCAUCGAGUUCUCCUUCGAUCUGGAGAAAGAAGUUCCUGAAGUUGUAGCACAAGAGAUGGUGGAGUCGGGCUUCUUCCAUGAGAGUGAUGUGAAGACCGUGGGGAAGUCGCUUCGUGACCGAGUGGCUCUGAUCAAAUGGAGACGAGAGAGGAGCGUGUCUGUGUCUCUGAGGCAGGACCGAGCUCAGGGCUCCACCAGAACCGAACCAGAAGAACUAGACCCGGACCACAACCGCCUCUGCAACCUGCCGACCAGCACCACAUCGGUCACAUCUGACAGCACACUGGACAGUGGAACAGGAUCUACAGUGUACUCCGACUCGCACAGCAGUCAGCAGAGCGUCCUCUACCAGUCGCUGGUGGAGCCCACGAUGACCACGCAGCAGCCUGGUCAGUUCCCAGUCCGACCUCGCUCCUGUAACAAAGGCGACGUCUGGAGACCCACCCUGAGCCCCGAGAUCCGGACUCACUUGGGGGCCGUCACCAGGAGGGGCAGCGCUCCCGUUAUAGACACAUACAGGGCCAAUCACGCCGCUCAAUUUAACGGACUCACUCAAUCUCAGAAGCCAGUGAGCCCCACCCCUGUCGUCUUUGAGAGCCAAGCUGAGUUGAGUCCCACAGAGCUGGAAGUGGAAGACGGAUUUCUCCCCCGUACCAUCCUGCAUCUUCUAUCUCCAGAACGGCGUCUCAGUGACACCAGUGUGAGAGCUUCUUCUGAAACAGCCUAUCAGAACAUGGCCUCUCCAGCUCUCGGGGGACGCAGGCACUCUGACCUCAGCAGUCUUAUUAGCCUCGCCUCUCAUUAUAAUCACUUACUGUCCAUGCACAGAGGACACACAUGCCAGGCCUGCUUGUCUUUGCUCUACAUGAGUAACCGCUUGGCCUUAUCGAACGGCGGAAAUGACCUUCAAACCCCCACCGCAGCCACAGCGACAACGCCAGGGUUUGGACGCCUCCAGAAGAUUGCCAACGACUCUUCUGAUUUCUCCCUGCUCCAGAAGAACCUUUUCAACAUCAUCAGCGGCAAAUCGUCAAACUGCCCCAGCUUUAACUCUCAAAACGCGCACAGGACAGCGCGCAGUGAUGGAGACAGCACUCUGAAGUCACAGCUCUUGUCUUGUAGUGGGGACGUGGAAAGGUCUGGAGAGUGCGUGCCUGGACACUGGGGUGAAGAUCCAGUGACCAGGGGUAUAGGAGUGGCUGGCUCUGUGGACCACCAGUAUCCAUCUCUUCAGGGCAUGUCUAGCACCUCUCUCCAAUGCCUCCAGUCGGGGCAUAACCUCAGUUCUCUCCCCAACGCCGCUGGUUACGCACCGACAAACGUACAGCAGGCCACAGCACAGUACAUCGCACAGGGAUACCAAACACAAGGUCAACAGCCUCAGCAUCCAGCCAAUUCAGGAUAUUUUUCCAUGCAACAGAGCUAUCCAAACUGCGUGGCUGCCAAGCAAAUGCCAACCCCAGCCACGGCCGAAAUGUACAAUCAACAUGUGACCAAUCAGCAGGAGCACCAUGUUCUACAGCAGAAAGCUUUAUUACCACAAACCCAGGACUAUGCACAUAUGACCAUGAACGGACCUCCGCAGCUCCCGGCGCCAGUUCAGUAUUCUCAAACGUUUGUGGAGGACGACCAAAGCUUGCUCGUGCAUAAAACCCAGACUCCAGCUCAUCCUCUUCAGCCCCUGCAGAUCUCAACUUCCCUCCAUCCUACACAUCCUUGCCAGUUCCCUCUGCAGCUCCCCACAGUGCAGGUGCUGGCCGACUGUGACCCCGCCCCCUCCUCCUCCUGCACCUCCUCCGCUCCUCCUCUUCUUCUUCCUCCUCAAAUCUCUCCAUCUCCCAGCCCCAUGUUCCUCUGUCCCCGGCCGGCCCACCCCUCGGCCUCCCCCUCCGUCUCCCCCCUCUCCCCCCUGAUGGUGGAGAACAUGUUGUGUCCGAACAUGACGCUCUUGCCUUCUCCCAGCCCCGCGUCUCUCCUGCCCUCUCCCACUCCCACUCCCACCCCGACGCUGACAAAGCUAGCUCCCACCUCCCCACUGCACCUUCCCCAACCCGUAUUUACCUCCGCAUUAAACGCAUUACACCCGAUUCUGGCUCACAGCAGCUCUGGUCAGAAUGCACAGCCCCCAAAUGGCAGCUCUCUGAUGCAGGUCCCUCCGCAGACUCACAUGGUCCACCCUGGAGUGGUCCCGUCACAGCUGGUGCAGCCUGGUCCUCUCCCUCAGCCUUCAGCUUCACCUGUGCACAGCGGCUCUAUCCAGAGCUUCUCCGCAGACGACGGUGUGUUUCACCCACAUGUGCAGACGGAUUCCCAAAGAGCCACCUGUGACAGUGGCAGUCUGCCCCAGCACAAAGCACAUGUCUCUGCUCACGCACCAGUGGGACAGGGGCCUACAGCAGCGGUCCUGGAGGACCAAACCUACGAAAAACCAACUUCUGGCCAAAGCUAUGACAGCGUCAACUCCGAUGCCACGUCAGGUAAAGAGAUGAGCGACGGCUGCGAAGGGACCCACGGGGGUAAAUGUGACGGAAAAGUCAGAAAACACCAUCGCAAGACUUCACGGACUCGCUCCAGACAGGAGAGGAUCGGCAAACCCAAACUCAGCAUGCUCAACGUGUGCAACACGGGGGACAAGAUGGUGGAGUGUCAGCUGGAGACGCACAAUCACAAGAUGGUCACGUUUAAAUUCGAUCUGGACGGAGACGCGCCAGAAGAAAUUGCAACUUACAUGGUGGACAACGAUUUUAUUCUGCUGCUGGAGAAGGAGAUGUUCAUUGAGCAGCUGAAGGACAUCGUGGAGAAGGCGGAGGACAUGUUGAGUGAGGACACAGAGCUGGAGAAUGACACAGAUGUGCGAGGGAGCCCCAAACAGAACAGCACAGACGUUCCCACGGAAACGGAGGGUUCCACAACUGUUAUAUUCCCCAGCAGUCCUCAGCUUGUUUACCAGCAGAAUGUCCUGCACACGGGAAAACGCUGGUUCAUCAUCUGCCCAGUGGCUGAAAUCCCCAACGCAGACACGGACAAAACAUCUCUGACCUCUGCAGAUCUCGAAUCGGAAAACUCGUCCGUCAAGCCCAGUACCACCAGUGCUGCAGUGUCUACUCACACUGCAUCUUCAUCCAGUCCAACCGUCUCCACCCUGCCCCCCGCUGACAAAACAGCGUCAUUACAAGCACAGGACCAAAACAAGAGCAAUGCCCAGAUACAGCAGCCGCAGGCCAGCGUGCCAAAGCCUCCCCUCCCUCCCGCUCCUCUCAACCACUCAUUCCCCGUCGAGGAUCCGUGCGUCUCUCUGGUAACGGAGAUGCCAUGCUGUGCCAUAGUGCCGCCCAUUUCGCUGGAAGUGAACGCCAAUGACAAAAUGGCACUUACAAAUGCGUUGCCGUCUCAAAAAGCCCAAAGUAAAAUAAGUCCAGGGGGAGAUAUUGCUUCCCAGCAGUCUGUAGUAUUGCAACAACCUUUCUCUUCGUCGCUGCCAUCUGGAGCGGUGACGUCACAGCCGGAGAGUCCCGCACACCAAGCGUCCAGUGGCCACCAGGGGGAGUCAGACAGCGAGGGGCCGCGGAGAGUGGAGUUUGUGGAUCGGACAAUUAAGACUUUAGAUGAGAAACUGAGGAAUCUUCUCUAUCAGGAGCAUGGGCCGUCUCAGUCCUGCAACAUGUCGGAUCAGCAGGCGUCCAGCGCGGAGGACAUCAGCUCUACUCCGGGGUCGGACGGGCAAAGUACAGAGGGGGGGCCUUCCAAGAAGAAGGGGGAGCCCAUGCCGCAGAUUCCAGAGCAUGCAGAUGUGAAUGCAGACAACUCUACAGGGACAAGCGCUAAGCAUCUAAACGGAAAAGGCUCCAAAGGCCGCUUUCAAGUCCUUCCUACCCCUGCUGAUGCCAUUUGCAACAUGGAGAAAUGCAAGACAAGUCCAAGCAUUUGUAGCUCUGCAGCUCCUUCUAGAGGUUUGAAUGGUCCUCACAGCCACGUCAAGAGCUUAGCCAAGUCCAAGGGCCAAGAUGAUGGCAACACCUCAGAACCCUCCAAGUCAAAUACAAACCGAUACUCCGCCCCACCAGGCUUGUACCAGGCCACUCCGGUGUCCAGCCCCAACAGCACGCCACAGCAUAUUCCAAGAGCCAAAACAAUGGAAUCUUCCACUCAUCAGCAGUAUUCCGAUUCGGCGGAUGAGGAGAGCAGUAGUUUGGCCCCUCCCAUGUCGCACCCGGCUCCGCCCACACACGCUCUGUCUGAACACAGUGGGAGUGACCUCAUGAAACGGGCAGUGGCGUUCUUGAGGCGCAGUGGGCGGAGCAAAAGCGAGCACAGCGCAGAUUCGGCAAACCGUCACUGCGUUGCCAUGAACGGACACGUCCCCUCGCCCUCUCCGGGUCACACCCAGUCGUCGUACAUCAGCAGUGACAACGACUCGGAGUUUGAGGACGCUGACAUGAAGAGAGAGCUGCAGAAGCUGAGGGAAAAACACAUGAAGGAGAUCUCAGAGCUGCAGGCUUUCCAGAGGAAUGAGAUCGAGCGCCUGUAUAAGGAUCUGGGGAAAACACUGCCCCCUAGUGUCGGCCUUCUUCACGCUGUUCCUCCCAGCGGCAGGAGACGCAGGACCAGCAAACACAAGCUGAAGGCCGGGAAACUGCAGAACCCCAUGGUGCAGCAGCUCAGGAACAAUGUCACUGUUUCUCCUACUGACAGAAAAGGGGACAGCGCGGUCAGUUCGUCCGACUCUCCGGCCAAAAGCUCCCUGUUGUCUGAGGGCUCCACAGUGUCCAGUGUGAGCUCUGGAUCCAGUGCUCCUCCCAGACCUGGUCCAGUCCCGGUCCAGACCCAGCAGCCAUGUUCCCUGAAAGGCUCCAUCUCCUCUGACAACAUCUACAGUGGAGCGCACAGUGACCGGACACAAGCUGCUCAAGGGUCUACUCUGAAACGACUUUGUCUAGGCAAAGAGCGCAGUAGUAGGUCCUCCCUCAGCACUGCUGCAGCCCAGCCACCCCCUCUGACCACACCUUCACCCACUCCGCAGCCACUCCCGCGACUCGCUCAGGUCCAAACCAACAACAGCAACAACAAAAAAGGCACUUUCACAGAGGACCUUCACAAACUGGUAGAUGACUGGACAAAGGAAACAUUGUCUCUCUCUCAUAAAACCCGCCCCACACUCAACCAAAUGAAACAUGAACGACGGCAACAAGAACUGCAAGGCAAAGGCCCCCCCUUCCGACCUGCUGCACACGAGAUAAAAUGCCAUGCCAAUGUUGGUUGCAGCCAGUUCCGUCUGCCUCUUUCCUGCCCCCUGUCUGCUGCUUUAAGACCUGGUUUCCCCUCAAACUACAAUCCCAGCUCCUCUGUCCUACUUCCUACUGCGUAUGACAUUCCGUUAGGAUGUUAUGGCUCUCGGGAAGCCGUUUCUCUCUGCUCUCAGUUUCCUGGGACGCCUGCUCCUCUGGUGGGUUCCAGUUCUGCCGUUGAUCUGCUUGGUGCUGCAAGAACCACGCCAUAUGUUGCAAUGACAAACCCGGGGAUGAAAGCCUAUCCUGUGGUCAUGCUCUCAGCUGACGGCGCAUCUCUCCCGGGGCACAUUCUUGAAGAACGUGUAAUGGAAGAUUAG